CUUGGAUUCACACACACUCCGAGGAUUCGAUUAUGCCCCCUACAGUCUAUGCAUGUAGACGGAUCCCCCUCGGAUCCACACGAAAACCCUACUAGGGAUCCAUCUAUCAUGCAUGUCGUCGACUCGGAACUCGCGUUGGAGGAGCGCAGCGCAGGCGGCAGCCUUGCGUCCCCUGCGGACUUCGAUCCCACGUUGGAGAUGACAUCUCCAAGCGUCUCAAAACAGCAGCAUUUCAAGGUCCCGGAUCCCAUGAUUGAUGUAGAUUUGCCGCCUCAGGCUCCCAGUGUCGCAGAAACGGCCAAUCUGGAUACGGCAAAUGCAUCUCUCGAUCGAAAGGCGCUCAUCCUGCUUCUUGUGCAGCACUUUUCGAGCUCUUGGGGCUCGCGUACUGCUGAAUUUGCGAUUUACCUCUUCCUCGUCACGCUGUUCCCCGACUCCCUGCUGCCGGCUUCUAUAUUCGGUUUCCUGACGACGGGGACUGCCAUCGUUCUCUCAGGAUGGGCCGGGCACCAGGUUGACAUCCGGAAUAACCUCCGUCUGGUACGGGUCUGCAUCAUGGUAGUGAAGGCAUCGGCAUGCGGAGCAUACGCGGGCUCUCUCGUCCUGUUCUACCGCCUCGGAAUGGAGGAGCAAUUGACGCAGAAAUGGUCAACUCCUUUGGACGCAGCAAUGUUUGCCCUCAUCGUCAUAUGUGGCUGUAUCCAGAAUCUUUCCGGGGUUGCGCUGUCCGUCGCAAUUGAGAGGGACUGGGUGACAGUCAUUGCCGAGGGAUCAUCGGAGCACCUCACUUUGAUCAACACGUACAUGCGACGCAUUGACCUAUUGUGCAAGCUGCUCGCGCCGCUUUUCGUCUCCCUGCUCACCAGCGUAACUUCGAACAUCAUCACUGCAUAUUGCCUCUGCGGCGUCGAAGCGGUAUGCAUUGUGUUCGAGUUACUAUGGGUCGACAUCGUCUAUCAGCGAUUCCCCUCCUUGCUGAUAGCACAAGCUGCAAGGCAAGCCGAACAGCAGCGGCAGGCACCGCUUCGCAGGGAUGAGCAAACCUCUGGCCUAAUCGUCAACCUCGUCACCACAAUACAGUCAUAUCUACGCGCCACUUUGUCAGACUGGCACGAAUUCAUCCAGCAUCCGAUCUUCCUGUCCUCGAUAUCCAUCUCGUGUCUAUACUUCACUGUCCUCAGCUUUGACGGCACGAUGAUCAGCUAUCUCAAGUCGGAGUCCUACACGGACCCUUUUAUCGCUGGGAUGCGCGGUCUCAACGUUGUCGCAGGUCUCCUCGGAACAGUGGCUAUGCCGUUCUUGGAGAGAAGGCUCGGCCUUGUACGCGCCGGAAACUGGAGUAUAUGGUCGGAAGUCGUCUGUCUGCUUCCGGUGACCUUGUCAUUCUUCGUCGGUGGUGGUCAGCCAAAUGCUCACGGACCAGCCUGGAAGUCGGCACUUCUGUUCGGAGGAAUGAUGCUUUCAAGGAUAGGUCUCUGGGCCUUCGACCUAUGCCAGUUGAAAGAACUGCAGCUAGCAUUAGCUUCGCACCCGAGGCGGAACGCGAUGUGGGCGACCUAUUGCUCCCUGUUCUGUUCUGACGGGCUGAAAAAUUGCCACAGAUCUGCGCUGCAAUACUCGCUACAGAACAUUGCCGACAUGCUGAAGUAUGUCCUCACGAUGAUACUUUCACGGCCGUCUCAGUUCCGGACAGCUGCUCUGACCUCUUUCGUGAGCGUCGUCAUUGGUGCCACAACCUAUCUGGGCUACGUGAGGAGAGAGCGUGGUCACAUUCUACACAGCUUCAGCGAGAAGAUCCCGCUACUCAGACGGAGAUCUGAAUGAACUUGAGGACCAAUGGCUAUGUAGCGGCAAGCAGUGGACGUUGCUUGUUCGCCUUAGGGAAUGAACAGCCCUUCACAAAUGUUGUAGUGACGGACGCCGGUGUGAGGACGCUGCUUGACCGUAGAACCCGCCGCUGAGAUUACGGUAUUCUUAAAUACUAUACUUGGAUCUACAUAGAUAAGGAUAGAGGGUCGAUUCGGUUCAGCUCUGGAUGGACUAGGG